GUGAGCGUUAUUACCAUUUAUACCAUCCCCGCGAGCAAAAUCUGUCGACGUGUCGUGACUCGUGAGCGUUACUAACGUUAUUACGAGCGAAACAAGAUGGGAUUACUAGCGAAGUCUGGAAAGAACCAUAGAACAUUUAAAGCGGGAAAUAUCUGGAAUUUGUUUCGAAUUUUAUCAAGAACCCUAAAAUGGAAAUUUCAAAUUUAUCACAAAGAGAAGAAGCGUUUGCAGAGAGUGCAAUGAAAGAGGUGAUGGAACCUUACGAACUCCACUAUACCGAUCUUCUCUCACUCUCAUCUUCAUCUUCUUCAUCAUCAUCAUCGUCAAUUGACACCGAACGGCUGGAAUCGAUCACGAGAGCGGUAAUGGAAGCUUUAGGGCCCACUGGUUCCGGCCUUAUCACCAUCACAGGAGUCCCUAAUGUUGCGGAACUCCGCAAUUCCCUGCUCCUUCGCGCACGGGAUCUCUCUCUCCUUAAUCAUCAUCAUCGCAACCGCAUUCUCAAGGAUCAUGGCUUAGGGAGUGAUGUUCCGUUAAAGAGUUUGGAUAGAUGUGUCUCAUCAUUUGCCAUGCAGUUGAAUUAUGGCCAUGUAAGCUCUGAGAGCCUUGACAAGCACAAUACAACUGAAGAAAAUAUUGAUGCUGAUGAAUACUACAAGUCAAUGAAUGAUCACUUCAAGGAUCUCGGUUGUAGUUUUAGGAAACUCGGGUUAUGUAUGAUGGACCUGGGACUUCGUGUAGCACGGAUUUGUGAUAGAGCUAUUGGAGGGAACGAAUUGGAGAAUAGCUUGUUAGAGUCAGGGACAGCAAAGGCUCGUCUAAUUCACUAUCAUUCUUCUUUUGAUACUUGUAUAAUCAAAGAUUCUGGUAGAAGACAGAGGUCUAAUAAAGGACUGCAAAAAUCUGGACCAAAGAACUUCCAAUUUAAAGAUAGAAAGAGUUCGUGCAGAAGGGAAGAAAUGCAUAGAGCUUGUGAUGAUGGAAGGGCAUGCAAGAAAAGUUCUGAUCUUUGGCAACAAUGGCACUAUGAUUAUGGUACUUUCACUGUUCUUACAAGUCCGAUGUUCAUCAGACCAAGAUGUUCUUCCACAGAAAAAGGAGAAGGUGACUGUGUGGAAUUCGGUGGGUUAGAGUGCCCGUCACCUAGUGGGGAUACUUAUUUGCAGAUUUUUCAACCAAACAAAAACGGUAUCUGUGCUAUUAAGGCCCCUCCUGAGAGUUUCAUUCUUCAGCUGGGAGAGUCGGCUGAUAUUCUGUCAAGACAGAAGCUCCGUGCAACUCUUCACUCAGUAUCACGGCCAGUUGAGCUAGAAAACUUGAGCAGGGAAACUUUUGUUGUAUUUUUGCAUCCAGCAUGGAAUAAGGUCUUUGAUAUUUCAGAUCACCCCAUGAAGCAGAAUGAUCAGUAUGGUGAUCAUGGGGAGAGACCUGAAGGUGAUGAAGAGUUUAAGGAACUUGCACAAGAGAUACACAAAAUCAUCCCUCCACUUUCUGCACGGCUAAAGGAUGGGAUGACUUUUGCUGAAUUCUCCCGUGAAACAACCAGGCAAUAUUAUGGCAGUAAUGGUUCGCAAUCAAACAGAUGAGGAUUUGGAGGAAGUAAAUUUGCAUGUUAAUCUUCCAUGUUCGGUGUAUGUAUUUGUUGUGGUUGGUCUACUUGCUCUGGUGUCGAGGAAGUGUAUGAGCGGAGGAACAAGAAUGUUGAGGAUACGGGAUCAAAGCAUACUUCAAUUGACAAAAUUCACUGAAUAAGAAUGUUGCAAUUCACUAAAUAAGAAGAAGUUGGAAAUUCUAGAAUGCAUGAAAUGAUUUCAGACCACCUCAUACAUAGUUGCUCUUGUGUUGAGGAAGUGUAUGAGCUGAGGAACACCAUUUCUCAUUUGAGGAUACAGGAUCAAAGAAUACUUCAAUUGACAAAAUAACUGAACAAGAAUGUUGCAAUUGCUCUGUGCAUCUGUUCACAUCAAACCCUAUGAAGCCUCCUAGAUAGGGUGAAAAAUUGACGCAUGCUUUUCCGGGAACCACAACAUUAUUUCUCAAGGAUUUCCUAAUCAGGUAGGAGAAUCUUUAUCACAUGCGACUUGAAAGCUUUUAAAUUUAGCUCUUACUGGUUUAUUCAUUUCAGUGAUUUGGUAAUACCUUGGUGAAUUGUGGGAUAUACUUGUGAAACUAGAACUAUUUAGCAUUUCUGGGUUCUAGAGUUUCCAUUGUUCUUUGGAGUUUACCCUUGUUAAGCUGAAUGUUCAAAGUAAAACCAGGGCACCCUUUUAUAAUUUUACAGUACGGAUCUGAAUCAUAGUGGAGAAGAAUAUGAUUUUAAUAAGGAAAACUUUAUGAUCAAACUCAAACUUCCCUCACUUUUUAAGGUAGACUGAUUGUUGUCCACCUUUUCUAGGAUUUCAUCCCUCACUUUUGUAGUCACAACCUUUUUAUAGGUCUACUAUAGACUAUAGUAGUUUCCUGACUGGUAAUUGGUAAAUUAUAGUGCAUAUUUUACCAUUAAUAUGAAACAUAGGAGUACUCAUUACUCAUUACUCUUGGCCUUUUUCUGGUUACACUUGCAUACUCCAUUUCUACAGUACAGUAAUCUCCAUUCCAAUUUCCUAGUUUCCUACCCGGACAUCACUAUCACCAUAUGAUCCUCAUUUCCGAACCAUCAAAUACGACACACACUUCAAAUUAGGCCAAACCUCAAACCUCUUCCUAGAUAGCCAAAUCUCACUCUUGGACCUCCUCCGAGUUAGGGUGCGUUAUAUUCAACUUAUCUGACCUGAAUUUAUCUGAACUGAACUUAUCCGAACAUAUGACUCUCUUAUUUUUUCGGUGAGUGGAGGCCGUAGCGUGCAAUGUGCAUGGCUAAUGGUUUGUUGAAGAGCUCAACCCCAUUUCUUGAAAAUGAAAGAUGACAUGAACAUUUUCCUCAGUAUAGUAAAGGGAAUAAAGGGUUUCUUUCUAACCAGCGUAACAGAAGAAGGCCCCUCUUUUUUUUCUUCAAUUUUUUCAAUUACUUUUUUCAGCAUCAAAAUUCAGCUGUUGUUGUUGUUGACACUGAUACUGGUUGUCAUCAAGUGAAGUUUAGAGUUAGAGAUGAUGACGUAUUAAUGUUUACAAACUGCAAAAGAAUCAAAAGGGCACGCUUCUGUGCUCAAGCUCUUCUUCUCAGCUUUUUUUUUAAUAAUGCAAAAAUUUCCUAGAAAUGGUUUUUUGGUCUGAUCUUGAAAAAGGAAAGGUCCUUUUUGUCAGUCUCCGAUGGUGCCAAUUCUUGUAGAUGUUGCGACACCCAUCAAUUUAUAUUCAAGUUCAUUCUAUGUUUUGAUUCCGUUUGUGUUUUACUUGUUGAAAUUUAGAAGGUAGUGUUUGUAACUUUGUAUUCUUUCUUAGUUUUAUCACUGAGAUAGUGAGAUGUCAUUUGGAUUUGAAUUUCAAGUACGACUAGAGACUAGAACUGCGGGCGUGAUUGAUGUUUUUGGGUGUACAAAGAGUGAUAGUGUAGACGGGAGAUUUUUUUUGUUUUUUAGGGUGUUACCACGCGGUUCACCCAAUUGUUGUUGCGAGGGAUUUUUUGUUUUGUAGGUGUUAUCACGCGGUUCACCCAAUUGUUGUUGCGGGGAUCAAACACGCGGUCCGUCCUACCAAGUUCAGCCCCAAUCACCACUAAACCAACAUGCAAUUAGUACAGUGUAGACGGGAUUUGAGUGUACAAAUUCUUGUAGACGGGAUUUGAGUGUACCAAGGACUUAGCCUACCAUACAGGUCGAGGUCUAGGAGUUUAAGCCUCUUGUGUUUUGGAAGUUUGGAUGGUGAAUCAAUUAGGGCAACAACAAAUUAGCAAUAGAAGAAACUUCAAUGAGGUUUGUUCUCAUGCCACAUCAUUUACAAACCUUGAUUGUAAUGAACUUCCAUCAACAAUAGAUAAACCUAUACAAAGAUUUAUAUGUGAGAUCUAUUCUCAUUCAUCUCAUUUAUAACAAACCAAAAAGAAAAGUAAAAUUAAUAUG